AUGAUCAACGCAUUUCUGGUCUUCAACGGCCAGGGUCAGCCUCGCCUGACCAAGUUCUACACACAGCUGGAAACGAGCAUGCAACAGCGCCUGAUUUCCGAAAUCUUCACCCUCGUAUCGAAUCGUCCCGCCGGCUCCUGCAACUUCCUCCCCCUCCCGCCCCUACUCGCUGCAUCAGGCACCUCCCACUCCUCCUCCGAAGAGCAGAACGACGUGCCCUCCCUUGUCACAUACCGCAACUACGCGACGCUCUACUUCAUCGUCAUCUCGACGUCCACCGAGUCCCCACUCGCCCUCAUCGACCUGAUACAAGUCUACGUCGAGGCGCUGGACAAGCUGUUCGAGAACGUGUGCGAGCUGGACCUGAUCUUCAACUUUGAAUCGCUGCACGCGACGCUGGGCGAAAUGAUCAACGGAGGAGUCGUCAUCGAGACAAAUCUGGACAGGAUAGUGGCGGGCGUCAGGGCGCAGGGUACGGUGGCCAAGCGGCCUGUCAACGAGGGUCGCAGUGCGGGUAUUGGCGGCGGCUUGGGUAUGGGAGGCAACUUUGUCUGGCACGGAAGGUAG